CUGAAUUCUCUCUGUAAAUUGUUAUGGACAGAAGAGGAUCUACAGGAGGAGGACUCUCCUUUCAGACUGAUUCAACUUCUUUCUUCCUCUUCAAGAAAAUUACUACCACUCUCCAUAAUAAUAAUAAUAAUAAUAAUACUAAUAAUAAUAAUAACAACACUACUACGUGGAGCCACGAUCUCAUGGACCUCUCUGCAACUACUGAUCAUAAUCACGGACUCAUGAUCACCCUACAAAGAGAUGACCGUGAUUGUGAUCCCGAGGAUGAUCUUGUUCUCGGCCAGCCAACGAUGACAUCCGACGACAAACGACGUCGUAGCAUGAUCAGUGAGAUGGACUUUUUUGCUAAUGAAAGAUCCUCACUACUCAAGUUUGGCGUCAAGAAGGAAACGAGUGCAAUUGAGUUAGAUCAUCAGCACGAUGAACAUAUAAAUACUGGUUUAAAUCUUCUCACAACGACCUCUGGAAGCGAAAAAUCCGCUGCAGAUGAUGGAGUAACAUUACAGAAAACUGAAGAUAAACAAAAGUUAAUGGUUCUUAGGGCGGAAUUGAACCGGAUGAAAGCAGAAAACCAACGCUUAACGGGCAUGCUUGAUGAGGCGAACCAUAAUUACAACGCCUUACAGGCACAUUUCGCUUCAUUGAUGCAAAGACGACAGAGUCAAAACCCUAACACAGACCUCCAUGAGAGGAGACAUGGUGCAAGGCAAUUCUUGGAUCUGGGUCAAGCUGCCAUGGCUGACGAAAGAGAGAACGAACAGUUACAAUCCUGUUCACAUGGCAGGUUGCAGGCGGCCAUGGCUGUGAGUUCACCACCUCGGAGCACGAUAGUUGAGUCCAUGGCUGCUGUGCAAGAUCAGAGCAAUGGCCGAGGAGAUCAUAGUGCAGAGAGAAGUGAUAAUAGUAAGGAGAGUGAGGAGAGAGGCAGCAAGAUUCCCAAGUUGAAUUCUUCGAGGGAUGUUGAAGAAGCUCAAGAGACCGUCUCCAUUAUCAGAAAAGCCAGAGUUUCUGUACGAGCUCGAUCCGAGGCUUCCAUGAUAUCGGAUGGCUGCCAAUGGAGAAAAUAUGGACAGAAGAUGGCUAAAGGAAAUCCUUGCCCUCGAGCAUAUUAUCGUUGCACUAUGGCUACUAGUUGCCCAGUUCGCAAACAAGUACAAAGAUGUGCAGAAGAUAAAACAAUACUCGUAACAACUUAUGAAGGCAACCACAACCAUCCACUUCCUCCUGCUGCAAUGGCCAUGGCCUCGACAACAUCAGCAGCUGCCUCAAUGCUACUCUCCGGUUCAAUGACGAGCUUAGAUGGCCCUGGAUUGAUUAACUCAAAUUUCUUAGCCAAAACCAUUCUCCCAGCCGCCUGCCCACCAAGCUUGGCCACUCUCUCCGCCUCUGCGCCAUUCCCAACUGUUACAUUGGACUUAACUUCCACAACAAGUGACCCUUAUAGCUUCUCGCAAAAGAAACCCAUUUUAAAUAACAAUAACAAUAGCAACAAUAACUUGUCCUACAUGUUAGGACAUGCCCUACAAAAUUUGUCCAAAUUUUCUGGCCUGUUUGGAAUGGACCCUCUUCAUCAUCAUCAUAUGGGCAAUGGCUUGAUGAUGCAGACACCUUCAGUUUCUUCUUCUGCUGUGCAUGAUAGUACUGUAGGCAGUACCACAGUAGAACCUAGCUUUACUGCAGCUCUAAUGGCGGCCAUUACUGCAGUUAUGGGAGCUAAUAAUGUUCAUCAGAACAAUAAUGGAAGCAGUAGUACAACUACAGGAAACAACAGUGGUGAUAGCUAGCUAGUAAUUAGUACUUAAUUAAAUUAAAUAAUGUUUACCCUUAAUUAGUAUUUGUUAGUUUUAAUUUUUUUUUAAU